AUGAACAAGACAGAGACUUCAAGGAACUCAGCACCUUCUGCUGUACCAUCAACCUUUAAUCAGAUUCAUGAGAAUGAUGAAGCUUCAAUGGUUAUUUUGAACGAACCAUCUCUUGCACAGUGGAUGGGAUCAAUCCAUCCAAAUGGAUCAUUGUAUGAGGAGCCACUCGAUCUUUCAAAGGCACAGGAGGAGCAUAAGAAGUUUAGACAGUUGUUGGAGAAUGAGGGAUGCACUGUGCGCACCGUUAGAGAGAUCCUCACCUCAGAGACUGGCGACAUUGCCAAGCGUGUAAAGUUGGAGGAGUUUGCAUUCAAGUGCAUCCAGUACGAACUGGACCCAAAGCAAAAGAGAGAGGAGCUCGGUGCCCAAGAUCAACUCUUACUCUCUGAUGAUUAUAAGAGACGUUGCAUUGACUCAAUGAGCGUUGAACAAUUGGUAGAGGUUAUCUUGACAAGACCAACCAUCAAGCUGAGAAAGUCUGAGAGAGAUACAGAGUUGCUUGCCACUGAAUACUCAUUCCAACCAUUGGUCAACUUGGUAUUCCAGCGCGAUCAACAGAUAACCACUGCAAAGGGUAUUGUGAUGGCCUCUUUGAGUUCACCAAUUAGAGCACCAGAGGUUGAGUUGAUGAAACUUUGCUUUGACAUUUUGGGCCUGCCAGUGAUUGGCGAGGUGCCAAACCCUGGCAAGUUAGAGGGUGGCGACUUUUACCCAAUGGGACAGGACAUUUGUUACAUUGGCGUUGGUCUGAGAUCAAACUUUGCCGCCGUCGACUACCUCAUGGCCAACGAUCUGCUGGGCACUAACCGUGUAGCCGUCGUCAAGGACUACUUUGACCUGCACCAGCAGCGCAUGCAUUUGGACACGGUGUUCAACAUUAUCAACGACCGCGUCAUGCUCAUUCUCCAGGACAUCUGUGGCGAGCAAUCGCCCAUCAGACGUUUGGUCGACGAGUACAAGAAGAACCAAGACACGGGCAAGUACGAGCUGGCCCGUCACGACGUUGAGUUCUCGCAGUACCUCAUCGAGCAGGGUUACGAGCUGCUCUACGUCACCGAUCAGAAUCAAAAGGACUAUGGCUGCAAUGGACUGAACAUUGGCAAUGGCAAGUUCAUCGUCGUCGAUCAGGCCACCGCCAAGACCGUCGCCCGCAAGACAUCGUCAUCUGUCAAGCUGCUCUUUGUUGACUUUAGAACAGUGACCAAGAUGUACGGCAGUGUUCACUGCUGCUCGCAGGUCGUCAGUAGGCGUCCCACCGCUCACUUUCGUCCCACUCCAUCACCAAUGACCUCUCCAACAAUCAACAAGGACACUGUUGUGACUGUGGCCCCAGCUGAUGCCAAGGUCACUCAGAUCCCAAACAGAGCACUGAUGGUGUCACCAACCUACUUUGUAAAGGCUAUCAUUGGCAGUGAAUUGAUCAAUGCCAGCGUCGUCAGAGAUACCCGCACCAAAGUGCUACAGGACUACUCGACAUUGCACCGCGAGCUGCGCAAGAAUGGCGUCAACAUUCAUCUCUUCUGUCACGAGCCCCACCACAAGACCGACCAGGCAGUGUUUGUCGCCGAGUGGUUCUCAACUCAUUCUGCCGCCGAGGUUGGCAAGAAGACUGUCGUUCUCUAUCCCAUGUCGGAUCAAUCAAGAAGAAAUGAGAGAAGGAUUGACAUUCUGCGCAAUGGUUUCUCUGGCUACGACCGUGUCAUUGACUUUACACCAAUGGAGAGUGGCGGCGACUCGUACGAGGUCACAACCAUCUCGGCUCUGGUCGGUAACACAUCCAACGAGCUGCACAUUAAGUCCCCAUCACUCUCACCCGCCAACGCUGCAUACCUUGACUUUACCGGUCUCGUAUUGGACCGUGUCAACAAGGUGGUCUACUGUGCAGUGGACGAGAAGCGCUACUACUCGGCCGUGGUGACCAAGUGGGCCAAGGUGUUGGGCUACACUCUUGUACAGGUCGAGUCUCAAGGAUUCGCCGCCAGCCAAUUCUUGUUCAUUGGAAGCCGCGUCGUGCUGUUCUGUCCCAGUGCAUUGUCCGAGGAGGACUCUGACAAGAUCAUCAAGCAGCUUGGCAACAGCAGAGCCAUCAUCACACUCUCCAAGGAGCAGAUGGAGAAGUCCUGCAGCAAGAUCCUGGAGAUUGGUGCCGACUUGGCCAAGCCAGUGUUGAUCAUGAGUCAGACAUGCUUUGGACAGUUCAGUGCAGACCAAGUUGAUCAGAUCAAGCAGUUCAACCAGAUAUCAACCAUUGACAUGUCAGACAUUGAGAACUUGGGUGGCACUGGUAUCAAUGGAAUGGUAGGAGGUUUGUUCUAA